CCGGGGCGCCUCCUCCCUCGCGGCCCUCGCACUGGCUGCCCUGACCCGGCCGGGCCAAUGCCCACCAGCUGCCCUUGAACCUCGCCUGCGUGCUCCCCGGGACCGAUGGAGACCUGGCGGAAAGGCUCCUUCCGGAAUGCCUCCUUCUUCAAGCGGCUGAGCCUGGGGCGGCCGAGGCGGCUCCGGAGACAGGGCAGCGUGCUUAGCCAGGCCAGCACAGCCGGUGGGGACCACGAGGAGUACAGCAACCGCGAGGUCAUCCGGGAGCUGCGAGGGAGGCCGGAUGGCCGGCGCCUGCCACUGUGGGGCCAGGAGCAGCCCCGGGCCACCCUGCUGGCCCCACCCAAGCCCCCGCGACUCUACCGGGAGAGCUCCAGCUGCCCCAACAUCCUGGAGCCUCCGCCCGCCUACGCUGCCGCCUACUCGGCCACCCUGCCCACAGCGCUCUCCCUGGCAGGUACUCUCCACCGCUGCUCAGAGGAGGACCUUCCGGACACGCCCCCGUUCCAGAAGACACCUGCCCCAGACCUCAGCGAUCCCUUCCGCUCCUUCAAAGUGGACCUGGGGAUUUCACUUCUCGAGGAAGUUCUACAGAUACUGAGGGAGCAAUUCCCCAGCGAGCCCCGCUUCUGAAUGGGGCGAGGGGAGGCAGUGCUUGGGAGGACAGGAGAGCUGGAGCCCGCAUCCCAGGAAAGAGAGGAGGACUGGGCCUGGUGACGGAGGCUGAGCAGGGAGGAGGCACACGGGUCUCCAGGACCCUCCACCAGCACUGCAGCUUGGCCUUGCCGGAACCCUCUGACCACGCACAGCCAACUAGGCCAAGCUCACCGAGUCAGGGCCUGAGGCUGUGCUCCGGCCCGGCCUGUGGCCUCGCCAGAAGACGUGUAGCCAGCAGCGCCUCUCUCAGCUGGGGGAGGGAGCAGAGGAAGCCCGACACGCGCUGUGUCCAUGACCCCAUCCCUCGCCUCCCUCUUUCCUCCUCUUGUGUGGAGGUGCCAAGCUGAAAGGCUCCUCUGUGGACACAGGAGAUAGUGAAUAAAAUUCCUUCUGCUACAA